AUGGAGAAAGUCUUAUUUUUGCUCUUCGUAGUGCUUCUAUUCUGUCCUAUUCAAACAGAGGCUGUGGCUUGUGGCUCCAGGAAUUUCCAGUGUGGCAAUGGCAGGUGCAUUACGAUGAGAUGGACAUGUGAUGGCUCAGAUGACUGUGGUGAUGGCACUGAUGAGCUCCCUGCUGCCUGCUUAGCAAAGACGUGCAAACUCAGUGAAUUCGGCUGUGGUGGGCGGUUAAACCAGUGUGUGCCCAACAGCUGGAAGUGUGAUGGAAAGGCAGACUGCGAGAAUGGAGCAGAUGAGGCUGGCUGUGGUCCCAGGCAGUGUUUGAAUGGUGAAUUCCGCUGUGACAGUGGGCAAUGUGUGUCAAGGUCAUUCGCCUGCGACAAGGAGCCAGAUUGCGAGGACGGCAGUGAUGAAGUCCACUGCCCGCCCACCACCUGCAGCGUCUCUUCCUUUCGCUGCAACAAUUCUAUGUGCAUCCCACGCUUGUGGGCCUGUGACGGAGACCAGGACUGCACUGAUGGCUCUGACGAGAGACCCCAGACCUGCGCCCUGCAGCCAUCUAUGGCUCCCAGCAUACCCUGCUCCUCCAUGGAGUUCCAGUGUGGCAACGGCAACUGCAUUCCCAACAUCUGGAAAUGCGAUGGAGAUGCAGACUGCCUGGAUGGAUCAGAUGAGAAAAACUGCUCCUUUUCCACAUGCCAGCUGGAUGAAUUUCAGUGCGAUGAUGGAUCCUGUAUCCAUGGCAGCCGUCAGUGCAACCAAGUGUAUGACUGUAGAGACAUGAGUGAUGAACUGGGUUGUGUUAAUGCAUCGCACUGUGAAGCACCAUCCAGGUUUAAAUGCCGCAGUGGAGAAUGUAUCAGCAUGGACAAAGUUUGCGACAAGCAGCGUGACUGCAGGGAUUGGUCUGAUGAGCCCUUGCGUGAGUGUGAUUCUAAUGAGUGUCUGUACAACAAUGGUGGCUGCUCUCAUAUCUGUAACGACCUGAAGAUCAGCUAUGAAUGUUUGUGCCCCAAUGGAUUCCGCUUAGUGACCAAGAAACGCUGUGAAGACAUUGAUGAGUGUGCCAACCCAGACACCUGCAGCCAAAUCUGUGUCAACCAGAUGGGCAGCUACAAGUGUGAAUGCAAGGAAGGCUACAAAAUAGAUCCAGCAACCAAAGCUUGCAAAGCUAUUGGAACUAUAGCCUACCUAUUUUUCACCAAUCGCCAUGAGGUGAGAAAGAUGACACUGGAUCGUAGCGAGUACACACGUGUCAUGUCUCGCUUGAAGAAUGUAGUUGCACUGGACAUAAAUGUUGCUACCAAAGAGAUCUUUUGGUCUGACCUGUCCUUGAAGAAGAUUUAUAGAGCACCUAUAGAUUCUGCAGCAGACUCCUCCCAGCAUAGUGUUGUGAUUGACACUGGUUUAGCUGCACCUGAGGGGAUUGCUGUGGACUGGAUCCAUGGUACUAUUUACUGGACAGACAGUAUACAUAGGACCAUCUCUGUAACAACUUCAGAUGGAAAGAAGUGGAAGACACUCUUUAAAAAAGGCCUGGGGAAGCCCAGAGCUAUUGUGGUUGACCCAAUCAAAAACUUUGUGUACUGGACUGACUGGGGUACACCAGCUAAGAUUGAGAGGGGUGGAAUGAAUGGAGCUGAUCGUACUGCCUUAGUGACUGAGGACAUUGUCUGUCCCAAUGGAAUAACGCUUGAUUUGCUGAACCAGCGCCUAUACUGGGUGGACUCCAAGCUUCAUACCCUCUCCAGUAUAGAUGUGCAGGGAGGGAGUCGUCGGGUUCUCAUUAUAGACCAGGGCAGACUGACCCACCCACUGAGUGUCACUGUUUUUGAAGAGAAAGUGUUCUGGACUGAUAUCAGCAACAAUGUCAUUCUGAGUGCAAACCGUCUGACAGGGGGAGACAUCACUAAAAUGGCAGAGCACCUCUCAUCUCCAGAGGAUAUUGUGCUGUACCACAACCUCAAGCAACCCAGUGCUAUGAAUUGGUGCAAGGCCAGCAAUGGAGGUUGUGAGUUCCUGUGUUUAGCUGCCCCACAGGUUAGCAGGUUCUCACCCAAGUACACAUGUGCCUGUCCUGACCAUAUGAUGCUGGACAAGGAUAUGAGGAAAUGUAUUCCUGUUGUUCCAACCACAGCAGCACCAGACCACUCCAAAGCUAGUCCAAACCAGACCAAUGGUCAUCUUUAUAUACCCUCAGAUACUUCUCAAAAACUUUCUGCUUCUACUAGUACCAGUCCAGCAGCUCCAUGCACAACCAUGCCUGUCCUUUACAGCCAGAUCACACAAAUUGGCAAUGUCAAAAUGACCCAGACGAACUCACCUUUUGAAGUGUCCACUCAUAUAAGCAGCCACAAUGGCAAUGCUGUUGCCAUGCCCCAAACUGAAUCUUCAACACCAGUCGCUCUUUAUAUUGCCUUGCCUUUGGUGGUGUCAUGUUUGGUUACAUUUGCUGCUGUGUUACUGUGGAGGAACUGGAAGAUGAGAAACACUAAUAGCAUUCACUUUGAGAACCCAGUCUACCAGAAAACCACAGAGGACACGGUCCAUAUAUGCAGAAGCUACAGUUUAGAUGGAUACUCCUAUCCACCUCGGCAAGUUGUCAGUCUUGAUGAUGAAUUAUAAGUUAUUCAAUAAGAUUGCUAAGGCUGAAAAAUGAAAUUCUGCCUCAAGGUCAAAAGAGGACCUUUCCUUUUUUGUACAACAUUAUCAAAUGGACAUUCAGAGUUUGAGAACACGUUUCACUGAUGAAAGACAAUUCCAGGGGCACAAACAAGGUCAUCAGGCCAGUGCAGCUCAUAGCAGCUUCUAGUAAAUGGCUAAAAACAAAGUAACAUCAGACAACAGCAAACUCUCCUGUAAAAUAACCUUUUUCAAUGCAUUUUGAGUUUUGAGGUAUUGUAAAUAUUUUAUGUUCUACCUUUGUGAGUGUACCUUUUUAAAAUAUAUUUCAUUAAAUGUAAAUACUACUUUUAACACUACUAACAUGUAACUAGCAAAACCUCAGGACAUACAGUUACAUAAAACAAAAGCCUAACAGACUCUUUUCGGUAGAAUGGAAUAGUGCCAGGACCGCCUCCACCUAAAAAACAAUUCUGCCAGCAUGUAUAACACAAUACUUUUUCUAAAUGAGUGGUACUUUUUUAAAUUUUUUAACUGUACCACAACAGCAGAUUAUCAAUAACCCACAGUCUAUAAAUACUGGAAAGCUGUUGGACACAAAUCAGCAUCAAUUUAAUAUAAUUUAACAUCACACCAUUGCUGACUAUAUAGAGAACUGUAAAACCUUUUUAAACUCUUAUAAAAUGUUCAGCAUUGGUGACCAAUGUGGCAAUAUUUGUGAUGUUAACACACAAAGGUAUAUUUUGUCUGUGAGUUGGAAUUUCAUUUUGUUUUGUUUUUUAUUUUAUUAUUCUCUGCAAUACUAAAAAUCUCCUUCAACUUUAUCCCUUAUUCACAUCUGUCAUAUCUGUCUUUCUUCAAUUUCAUCUAAUGAUGAAAAUACUUAACAAAGCCUCCACAAAUAUUCAGUAUAUCACUGUUAAGUGCUUGUAAAUACAAUAAUUAAGGCUGUCAUUUUUGUCUAAUUUUGGAUCACCGAGAAGUAUAGGUAGAAAUUGAUAUUUGUGUAUUUAGAACAGUAUGUUAAGAUAAAAAAUACUACAGGCAGAAUUGGCCUGUAAGGGAUUAGACACCAGACAGCACAACAGUCUCCCUAGCUGUUACGGCUAGUUUUGCAGCAGGGAUGUGUAAAUGUUGUUUUGAUUGAUGCCAUUCUGGGAGAUUUAGAGGUGUUGUGUAUUGGUUUGAUAAAUGAGGAGCUGGAUUAGAUCACUACAUUUAUAGCAUUGAACCACUGCUGGUUAAAGUACUGUGUGAAGAUUUGUUAAAUGUUUAUCUACAAAUGUAAAUGCACUUUAUUAUUCUGUCUGUACAUUAUUCUAGUCUGUACAUUUAAGUCUGAUGUAUAUAAACAAAUACCAUUAUUUAUUGUAGACUCUACAUAGAUUGCCUCUUGUGUGUGAAAAUCUGAAAUAUCUUAAAGUAUACAGUGUCUUCUGUAUACAACUACGUGUAACAUUGUAUGUUCUGAAUGGCUGACAUAGUUGUACACAGCGAUCUGUUUAGUAGAGAACUACAUGCCCUGAGCAUUCAUGGACUAUGACUGACACUUUUUUAUGAAAUAGUUAAAAAUAUUUCUUAGCCUGUGUAUCAUUCUGAUUUUCUGAAAAGUAAAUAAAUGUCUGCUAUAUUUU